GAUGAUCAUCAUCGAUGCUGCCCGGGCAGCCUGCGCCUCGACCGCAUCGAUGGCGUAAUGGAACCGCCCCCACGCGGGCGUAGCGCACCAAUGCAGUGACGUGUUUCCUCGCACGCCGUCGCCGCGGGCCACCAAGAGGAGAAUGACGCGCCGCCUGUGCCAAUGCGUCGCGCUGCUCGCCACGUUACCAAUUCUCGACGCCGCCUUCUGCCAGCGCAAGGGAGGAAAGGCAGCCGUGACCUGCGAGGGUAGUGGACAACACAAAAAAUGCUGGCCGAGCGACGACUGCGCGAAGAGGUUAAACGUCCAAGAAAAAGCGCGGAAGUGCGUCGAGGAGCACUGCGGGACCGGGGAGCGGCCGGGCCUGAAGGCCUGGGGGGCCAUGUGCCUCGACCGGUGCCGCGCGACGCUGUGGCGGGCGACGGCGCGGCAGCUCGUCGCGCCCGUCAUUGAAGAUCGUCGUAGAUUAUCCCUUGUGCUGUGGGGCGGCGACCUGUGGGGGGCGGGAGCACCGUUACCUCCGCAUCCCAUACGGAACGCGUCAUCUUUGGCGCUGCAGAUCAGACGGGCCGCCUUCGCCGAAGCUUUGGAGGAGAAUUACGUCACAGGAAUGGGCCGCAGGACCGGUGGCGGCUGGUUCGACCGGGGCUCUCCCAUGAUAUAUGAGAAGACGGGCGGGCCGCUCGUGCUCUACGGUCUACAGAGAUCCGGAACGAACGCGCUCACGGGACUGGUCAGUGCGCACCUCGGCACGGAAGUGUAUAAUGGCGAGCGCGACGACGAGUACUACGCGAGGCGGGCUCCUAGGUUAUCGCCAACACGAUUCAAUGAUCCAAGAUGGAAGCAUUUUAGACCGACGCACGUUUCUCGCCUGAACUCAACUCAUGUUUUAUAUGCCUCUCCUCAUAGCACAACACCGCACCUCGCCCACAAAGAAAUGACGCCGUUGGAGGAAAGGAGUGGCUAUGGCGCUUCCAGUAGACCGGCGAACGUCGGAGAUGAUAGGGAGGCCUUCUACGCGCGGAGUGCUCGCGAUCUGGACUCAUUAAUCAAGGCCGAGGCCUGCUUUCGUAAGGGCGCGCUUUGUUCCGUACAAGUCCAAGUGCGAGCCUACAUCAUAGGAGUGAGGCACCCCGGCGCCUGGCUGGACUCGCUCCAUCGGCACUGCCCCGAUUGUCCUCUGAGCAUGAGAGGCACUAGAGCGAAAGCUGUGUGGCACGCGCCGGGUUACUACGCUCAGCUCUGGGACGCGACGUACACGAAGUGGCUCGAGAUGGCAAAAGACCGUCGCAUCGUCAUCGUGAGAAAUGAAGAUGUUACGAGAAGCUGCGUUCGUGCGGUGCAAGCGUUGGCUUGGAGGCUAGGUUUGAGAUAUGAUGCGUCGAAGUCGUCCAGGGCCUGUUCUCGUGACAUGCAAGUGGACAUGACGCUGUCGGGCGGCCUCGGGCCACAAGAUAAAGACAGUCUGGAGCGGGGCGCCGGCUGGCUGUUUGGUCUCGCUGGUAGUCGGGAAGCAUUGGAAGCCAUCUUGCAAAUUAAUGGACAAACAAUGAAAAGCUUGGGCUACCCGAAACAACCUCUGGCGACGUUCGUCACGGCGUCACUCGAAUUAGUGGAACCGAUGUAUCAGUGGUUCCUCCAAGCCUGGGACAAAGUAGCAAAAGAUAAAAGUGGCGAGGCCGUGUCGCCGACCUGCGACAACCUGAGCGAGAAGGUGCAGAAGAACCGGAGGGCCUGGUGGAUGAAAGGUACUUAUGCAUCAACACACCCGAAGACAAGAGAAGACUACCUCAUGCUGCAGCAUGCCGCCGAUUACGUCUCUCCCGUCACACGACUAGAAAGAGAAAAAAACUCAGCCUCAAAAAACGUGGCAUUAGCGGCGUUGGUGCGCGACGCGUGCGCGGCGUUCACGUGCAACACCAGGAUGGUCGACGCGCUGAUCGCACAAGCUGUUGAUUUGGAAUUCAAAGUAUAUAUCCUCGAGGACGGGUCCUCCGACUGCACGCCCCAAGUGCUGGAGCGGUGGAUCGAUGCCAAAACAUAUGUGGAAGCGGUGCCGCCGCCUCCGUCUUCAGAUAAGUGGGCGUGGGACGAGUCCAUGAAAGGAGCCUACGCUCUCAGGAGGGACGAGGCCCUGCGCCAGAAGCGGUACAUGCGGAUGGCCUUGUUGCGGAACCAUUUGACGUCCUACAUCCUCAAACAAUCAGUUGUGGAUGCUCUCGUCGUUUACGACGCCGACCAGGGGAGUGGCUGGGCCUCGUCCCACAUCAUUAACGCUAUAGCGGCAGUCAUCGACGGGCGCUACGACGCCGUCUGCGGCAACGGCAUCAUUGCGCAGGCGCAACAGGAUCGAUUCAUCCACCGCGACUUGCUCGCGUUACGGUGGUCCGAUUUCGAGGACCAGCCCUCGGGCGGUAUCGAGCUCGCGCCGUCGGAGAGCCCUUCCUCCGAAGCCGACCGUCUGUAUGAUAGCGGCGGGCGGCGCGUCGCGUCGUGCUUUGGUGGUCUAGCUAUCUACGAUUCCGCAAUUUUCCGCGACGACGGCUGCGCGUACGAUUUUUCUGUGACAGAUGGCAUCUGGGACUGCGAGCACGUCCUCCUCAACAAGUGCCUGGCCUCAAAAGGCCGAUCAUUAACGCUGCUGCCGAACUUGAUAAUUAACGGCCCCUACGCGACGGGUCGCCGCGCGAAGAUCGUCCACCUGCGCAAGCCGCCUCCCUCAAAGUCGCACCACAAGCACGAGUUUUAAGUAGUCUUUAGUU